AUGACACGUGGAAGAUACCAACAUCUUGCAUCACCAUCGAAAGUGACUGAAGUAAAUCGUCUUCGCUUCUUUGGUCAUAUAUUAGGGAGACUGGCAGAUCGCCUUGUUCAACGAGUUCUGAAGAUUUUGUCGGGUUCGAGCUGGAAGAAGCCACCUGGCCGAAAACGGAAGUUAUGGACUGGGGUGAUCAAAGAGGAACUGAGGACACUCGGCGUUGAUAGGAUGUUCAGGCAAGACGUAAUGUUUCGCAGAAAAUGGAAUAGCGAUGAAUGGAUUGAUUCUAUGCAAGCUCCCACAAAAGAUCGAGAAGCUUGA